AUGGGGUAUCUCACAAGAUUCUAUCUAUUGCUGAUGUCGUCCGUGGCUAUCCUCAGUGGAGAGACAUGUUCCACAACCCAGCGAUAUGAGUUUGAUCUGGUCAUCGUUGGAGGUACCGGAGCUGGUGUGGCCGCAGCUAUCCAAGCUUCUCGGCUGAAUCUAUCAGUGGCAUUGCUGGAGGAGAGUGCCCAUAUUGGCGGCAUGGUCGUCGAGGGAGCUGGUGGUGCCGAUCUUGAUUCGCAACCCAAUUUCCAAAACUCACUAACAAUCGGGCCAAUGGUACUUGAGCUCUACCGACGUGUUAUCUCGACAUACGGCCCUGAUCGAUUGCGUGAAUUUAACGAGGCUUGGGCCAAUCAUACAAAGGACAAGAGCUUGUGGCGAUAUGAGAGCCACAAAGGUGAGCAGGCCAUCUUGGACUGGCUCAAAGAAGAAGAGAAUGUUCAGGUCUUUAUCAAUACCUCCCUCAAAGGAACUGGCAACGGCCAAGGCGUGGUGAAAAACGGCACCUCGAUUUCUUAUAUUAUCACCGAAGAUGGCCAGCACUUCUCGGCGCCCUACUUUAUCGAUGCCACCUAUGAGGGCGACCUUUUUGCUUCUGCCGGUGUCAACUAUGUCACUGGACGAGAGUCAGUCGACGACUUUGACGAACAAAUGGCAGGUAUACGCCAUGAUUCGAAGUAUUCUAAUCUUCAGGUACCUGUGGAUCCUUAUAAUGAGCCUGGAAAUCCCAGCAGUGGUAUGAUACCGACUGUUCAGUCGGACCCUCUCGGGAAACAGGGCGAUGGCGAUGACCAGAUUCAAGCCUAUUCCUGGCGGUUGUGCCUGACGAAUCGUAUUGACAAUCUCGUACCUUUCAAAAAGCCCAACGAUUAUGACCCUUCGCAAUACAUCAUCUAUAAUCGUUACAUCGAGGCCGGGGGUAAAAUAUUUUCACCCACGGUCGUUGUGCCAAAUGGUAAGACAGACUUAAUCGGAAGUACGCCGCUUGGUCUCGGAUUCGAUAUGCCUGGACGCACCCUUGAGUACCCUGAGGCCGACAGGUCUACCCGCCUCCGUUUGUUAAAGAAGCUAGAGAAUUGGCAAAGAGGACAGCUCUACUUUCUCGCCAAUGACCCUUCUCUGCCUGAAGAGGUCCGCUCGGAAUGGAGUAGCUGGGGUUAUGCCAAAGACGAGUUUACCGACAAUGGUCACUUUCCUCGACGCAUGUAUGCCCGUGGCGUGCGUCGGAUGAUGCGAGAGGACGUUAUCAUUACUACGAAAUGGCACGAUUACGAUAUUCCUGCCGUUCAGGUUCCGGAUCCGGUUCUAAUCAAUUUGUGGCCAAUGGACGUCCACGCCGUACGUCGGGUUGUGAAGGAUGGCGCCGUCUAUGAUGACGGGUUCAUCUGGAACGAAGGUCCACCGUGGAAGCCAUUCCAAGUGCCCUUCAAAGCUAUCGUCCCUCAUGCGUCUCAGUGCAGCAACUUAUUUACACCCGGGUCACCGUCCAGUACCCAUCUGGGCCAUGGGCUUGUUCGCACAGAGCAUACCUUUACAACCUUGGGGCAGAUCAGUGCUUUUGCGGCUGCUAUUGCCAUCAAAGAAGGGUGUGCCAGCGCAGAAGACGUUCCGUAUCAUCUAUUGAGAGAAAAGCUAGAAGAAGCGGGAUUUCUGCUAAACUUGACGUCCAACGGUAUUCCUCAGAAGGUUGUUAGCCCCGUAAGAGACUGA